AAGAAAGAAAGGGGAGGGAAGAAGAAGAAGAGGAGUUGUGCUACGGUGACAGGUAUGGGUAACAGUCUUAGGUGCUGUUUGGCCUGCGUUCUUCCGUGCGGAGCCCUAGACGUGAUCCGAAUCGUCCAUUUGAACGGACACGUGGAUGAGAUCACCCGGUCCGUGACGGCCGGCGAGAUUCUGGAGGCCCACCCGAGCCACGUCCUAAGCAAGCCCUGCUCCUCUCAGGGGGUCGCCCGGCGAAUCCUGAUCCUCUCGCCGGAGUCGGAGCUCAAGAGAGGCAGCAUCUACUUCCUGAUUCCGGCGUCGUCGCUGCCGGAAAAGAAGAGAGGCCGCGACAAGAAGUCAUCCAAGGCGAGGAAGAAGCGCAACGCCGACGCCGUCGUAUCCGCCGACUGCGAACGCUACUUGACGGAGAUUGCGAGGGAGAAGAAGCACACACGCCGGUCUGACCACCGGAGCUGCCGCGCCGGCGUUUGGCGACCGCAUCUCGAGAGCAUUUCAGAGGACUUGUAGCACCUUUACGAGAAGUUCCCACUAAAUAGACGGCGGUGAUACACGCAAAACUCGUUUCGGCCGACACAUGAGGAAUUUCGGCUCUGAUACCCGAUAUCUCGGGAAUGACCGGCCGGCGCCAACGGGUGGAAUCAUAAAUUAUAAUUGGUUUAAUUUGUGGAUAAAUUUUUAUUAUAAUUUUGUUUUUUUUUUUUUCUGGCCUGCCUAGUGAGGGCAGAUUCGGAAUUGGAAUCUACUUGUGCUGAUUAAGGGGAAUUAUCAUAAGUCAAUUAGAGAGAGUGAAAUGUUCGUAGUAUUUAAACAUCCUCAAGCUGUAAGUAAAAAGAAAAAUUCUUAAUAUUUUUUCUUAAUUUUCUUAAUUGCAUCAUUGGUUUUUUGAAAAAAUUAUUUUUUACGUAAGCGAUAAAUUUGACUUUAUCGGUAUAUAAGAAUGAAAUAAAAUGAAAUGAAUUAACUUUGUUAUUU